UGGAGGAGUCCCAGCGAAAUAAGGUCCCCGAGAAGUGUCACUGGCCCCGAGCGGGACCCCGUUCGGAGCCUGUUGUCUCCGCGCCGGCGGCCUGCCCCCGCUGCCUGGCGGGCUAGGACAGGGGAGAUGCUGCAGGAGGAGUCGGAUCUGUCUCUCAUUAUUGCCCAGAUAGUCCAAAAGCUCAAGGACUCCAAUUUGUAUGCUCAGUUGGAACGGCAGGCCUGGGACAGUCUUCAGAGACCUGAGAUUAAACUUGAAUCACUAAAAGAAGAUAUUAAGGAAUUCUUUAAAAUAUCAGGUUGGGAGAAGAAACUUCAGAAUGCUGUGUAUAGUGAACUGAGUGUGUUUCCUUUACCUAGUCACCCUGCUGCACCUCCUGAACAUCUUAAGGAACCCUUGGUGUACAUGAGGAAAGCACAGGGAAGUUGGGAAAAAAGAAUUUUGAAGAGUUUAAAUAGUAUGUGCACUGAACUGAGCAUCCCAUUGGCGCGAAAGAGGCCAGUUGGAGAACAGAAAGAACUUCUCAAUAAAUGGAAUGAAAUGGGGACUGAUGAACCAGAUUUAAGCCUUUUCAGACCUGUUUACGCACCUAAGGAUUUUCUUGAGGUAUUAAUUAAUCUUCGCAACCCAAAUUAUGAAAGUGGUGAUUCUCUUAGUUUCAGGACUCAUUUGGGUUUAAUCCAAGUUCCUCUCAAAGUAAAAGACAUCCCUGAGUUGAAAGAAUUCUUUGUAGAACUCGGCUUGUCUACAGGACAACUGGGUAUAGAUGACUCUACUCAAGUGCCUCCUGAACUUUUUGAAAAUGAGCAUGUACGUAUUGGGCAAAAAGUUCUGGCAGAACAAGACAGUGCUGCUGCUCAGCAGUAUAUCCGACAAGGAAGUCCCACAGCACUGAGAGCUGAAUUGUGGGCGCUCAUUUUGAAUAUUUCCAGUCAACCUGAGGAUAUCUUGUAUUAUGAGCAGCUUAAGACCAAUGUGAUACAACAUGACCUUUUGGUGGAUAGUCUAAUUUAUAAAGAUGUGAAGUUGACAGCAAGCAAUGAUGAUUAUUAUUUUGUAUUUGAAGAUUAUUUAUAUCAGGUAUUACUUUGUUUUUCACGAGAUACGUCUGUGUUGAGUCACUUUGCAUACAACAGUGCUUCACCGCCGAAAUCCUACAUAAGAGGAAAACUAGGACUAGAAGAAUAUGCUGUCUUUUAUCCACCAAAUGGUGUAAUCCCUUUCCAUGGAUUUUCAAUGUAUGUUGCUCCACUUUGUUUUCUAUACCAUGAACCUUCCAAACUGUAUCAGAUAUUCCGUGAGAUGUAUGUGCGUUUUUUCUUCAGACUUCAUUCCAUCUCUUCUCAUCCUUCUGGUAUUGUGUCACUCUGUCUGCUGUUCGAAACGCUUCUUCAAACUUAUCUCCCCCAACUCUUUUAUCAUCUACGAGAAAUUGGGGCUCAACCACUUCGCAUAUCAUUUAAAUGGAUGGUUCGAGCUUUCUCUGGAUACUUAGCUACAGAUCAACUCUUGCUUUUGUGGGAUAGAAUCCUAGGAUACAACUCUCUGGAAAUUCUUGCUGUCCUGGCAGCUGCUGUGUUUGCUUUCCGAGCAGUGAACCUGAUGGAGGUGACAUCACUGGCUGCAGCUGAAGCAGUUCUUGCUGACCUUUCUACUUUAAAAGUUAUGCCUCUUCUUCAGAUUUUCCUGUUUGCUACUGUCACCUGAUCUUCUUCAAGGUCACUGACAAUACAUCUAGUUUUCAUUAGAAAGUAAUCAUGAACUAUGCAAACUCUGCAUAAAACCAAAAUUAAACUUUGCAUAUAAGCCAAUAAAGAUCAUGUUCCUUCCUCAGUCAAA